CCAACCGAGGCCAAAAGAACCACCAUCCCGUUCCCAACGCUGCAGGCUCCUCACCGCUCUCGGCGCCGGACGCGCCUCGAUCCAGAUCCAGGUGUCCUUCCGCCGCAACUGCGUCCCCCUUCCUUCUCCCGUAGGCGCCCUUGUCAUUCCCGUCCCGCCUGGACUGGCGUGGAUUGAAGAUCCAUCCCGUGCUGGAGUCGAUUCCAUCUUUUGUUGCAGGAGCUUAUCAUGGCAUCAAAACGUAUCCUCAAGGAACUAAAGGACUUGCAAAAAGAUCCUCCGACAUCAUGCAGUGCAGGUCCUGCUGGUGAGGAUAUGUUCCACUGGCAGGCAACCAUCAUGGGUCCACCUGAUAGUCCAUAUGCUGGAGGUGUUUUCUUAGUGAACAUUCAUUUCCCCCCGGACUACCCCUUCAAGCCUCCAAAGGUAUCUUUUAAGACGAAGGUCUUUCAUCCGAACAUCAAUAGCAAUGGAAGCAUAUGCCUCGAUAUUCUUAAGGAGCAGUGGAGCCCUGCUUUGACAAUCUCUAAGGUUUUGCUUUCUAUCUGUUCCCUGCUUACCGAUCCGAACCCAGACGACCCUCUUGUCCCUGAGAUUGCCCACAUGUACAAGACCGAUAGGCCGAAGUACGAGGCAACAGCUCGCAGCUGGACGCAGAAGUAUGCCAUGGGAUGAAGACAACCCCCAUAUUGGGAAAUUCACUGCUUGAAUGCAGAUGAUUAUGGUGUUGUCCCGGGAAACUAUUUCCGGGUCAUUAUGUUAUUCGAUUCCGUGUGGUUUGUGUGCAUUCUCUGAUCCGUCUAGGGUCGAGCCUUGGUCAACAUCACCUAUCAUUACCACCGAUAAUGCGAUGACUUAUGCUUCCUGUGAUAACUGUGCUAGUGUUGAUGUCAUUUGGUAAAUGAUUGAAGAUGUGUCAGUUAGCCUA